UCGCGCGCCUGUGCCGUGGAGCUCCCCCUUGCUGCGUGCAUCGUGAUCUCGUGGACGCAGACUCUCGCAGAGGGUCACCUUCUGUUCCUGCAAAGUGUGUGCGCGCGUGUGUUUGUGCGCGCGCGUGCGUGGAGGAGGUGGGACAUACAGCAGCAGAGGCUGUGGAAGCAGCAGCAUCACGAACAGCGUCUCUGUGCAUGAGGAACCCAGCUCUGCUGCUGAGGACUGCUUCAGACAUUAAAGAGCUCUGCCACAUCCGGGACAAUGUCUGGCUCCUACGAUGAACCUGCAGGUGCUGACGACACCAUGGACAGCUUCUGGGAGGUGGGGAACUACAAACGUGCUGUCAAGAGAUUUGACGACGGCCACCGGCUCUGCAACGACCUCAUGGGCUGCCUGCAGGAGCGCGCCAAGAUAGAAAAAGCCUACGGUGAUCAGCUGACGGCCUGGUCCAAGAGAUGGAGACAACUCAUUGAGAAAGGUCCGCAGUACGGCUCCGUGGAGAAAGCCUGGCUGGGUGUGAUGACCGAGGCGGAGAAGGUGAGCGAGCUGCACCAGGAUGUGAAGAACAACCUGGUGAACGAAGACGUGGAGAAAGUCAAGAACUGGCAGAAAGAGGCGUAUCACAAGCAGAUGAUCGGAGGCUUCAAAGAGGCUAAAGAAGCAGAGGAAGGCUUCAAGAAGGCUCAGAAACCGUGGGCCAAGAAGCUCAAGGAGAUGGAGGCAGCUAAGAAAACGUACCAUAUGGCCUGCAAGGAGGAGAAGCUAGCUGCAGCCAGAGAGGCCAACGGCAAAACUGAGGCUUCUGUCACACCAGACCAACAAAAGAAACUUCACGAGAAAGUGGACAAGUGCAAACAGGACGCGCAGAAGGCUAAAGAGAAGUAUGAGAAGUCUUUGGAUGAGCUGAACAAGUGCACCCCGCAGUAUAUGGAGAGCAUGGAGCAGGUGUUUGACCAGUGCCAGCAGCACGAAGUCAAGAGACUGACCUUCCUCAAGGAGGCCUUGCUGGACAUCAAACGCCAUCUUAACCUCACUGAGAACCAAAGCUAUUCCACAAUAUACAGAGAACUGGAGCGUACGAUUCUGGCUGCAAACACACAGGAGGACCUGAAGUGGUUUAGCAACAACCAUGGCCCAGGGAUGCUCAUGAACUGGCCUGCAUUUGAGGAGUACAACCCAGACCAGGCAGCUGCUCCUCCAAAGAAGAAGAAACCAGACGGAGCCCCGCCCACUCCGAGCACUGACCACGUGGCUCCACCUGGUGACCGGAGCAGUGUGAGCAGCUAUGACAAGAACCAAGCUUAUUCAGCCGAGUGGUCCGAUGACGAGCAGCCCGCAACGUACUCCAGCAACGAGAACGGUGGGAACAGGAACUCGUUCGAAGACGACUCCAGCACUGGGAAAGGAGUCCGUGUGCGUGCCCUCUACGACUACGAUGGCCAGGAACAGGAUGAGCUCACCUUCAAAGCGGGUGAAGAGCUGACCAAGAUCGAAGACGAAGACGAGCAAGGCUGGUGUAGAGGUCGUUUAGACAGCGGCCAGGAGGGACUGUACCCAGCCAACUACGUUGAGCCCAUCUAGUCUCAUAAAUUGGACAGAGACGUGCCGCUGGAGGCAGCUUGAACCGCCCCGUCCAACUGUACCGCACAUAGCCAGAGACUUAAGAGCAAAACAUCCCUUUGCCCCACAGAAGAGCCAAGCCUAAAAACUUAGUAAGCUAAAAAAUAAAAUUAAAAAAAAGACACUGUAUCAGUAUAACAUAUUUUAUCCAGCAUCGGGGGGAGGGUGGACUAACACAAUCAAAAGCAGCAGUUAUUCCAGUGUAUACGCACUCAGCUACAACAUCCAAACCGUGCAGGAACACAUUGCUUCCCCCUGCAGCUGUAGGCCUCAAACAGCAGCUCAUUAUAUCUCUCAGUGUUUUACAGUGCGUUCUCUUGUGAAAAAGGGAAGAUAAUAUAAUCAGUUUGACCCGUUUAACAAAGAUGAGCUUCUCUAACCUGCAUUGUAUAUAUUACAGUGUGAUGCCAUUUUGUGUAGCAUUGUUAACGCUGUGUGCAUCGUUCUUACGACAGGAAUGCUGUGUAGUGUUUAAAGUACCACCAACAGUAUCCUCGUUUUUUGUUCAUUUGUUUGUUUGUUUUUUCUUCGCAGUUUGGUCCAGCCUCUUUUCCGGUGUGUGUGUGCGUGUGCGUGUGUGUUUUGAACGGUUUCUGAACUUGCAUAGCAGCAUGCGCUAUGCAAAGACUUUGCAUUCCCCCGUAUCCCGCCGCCUCGUUGAGGCUACAACUUGAUGCAACACUUCAACUACAAAUGCAGCAUUACACACGCUUCUGGACAUGCACGUGCUUGUGAUUUCACAAGAAAAGGCUUCUUGAUGAACUGAACUUUACAUUUGCUUUUGUUUUGUUGUCGUUGUUGUUGUUAUUAUUUCAACAUCUGUGUCAUCCUCAGCAUUGUAAAUCCUUUGGCAUCCUCAUGCAAAAAAAAAAAAAAAA